GUGUAGGCCAAGUGAUCUUGAUCGUAAGUAGUAGGCACAUACCAUCACAUCGGAGUAGCGCCUGCCACCGGUGAGGACGAACGCGUAGAGGAGGGAGUAUACUGCCGAGUAGCCAUCGCGAGGAGAGAGUAGGGAUCUCGUCGGAAGGACGCUUCGUAGGUGAAGAGCCCAAGUAGAGAGAGAAUAGGGCUUAGCGUAGGAGGGCGAAGUUGACAACAGCGCCGAUGGCUCGAUCAAUGUUUGCCGUCGUGGCCGCCAUGGCGGCUUUGGUUGUCGUUUCGCUUGUGAGUGUUGCCGUCCCUGCAAGCGCGAAGCCGCCGAAGGUGACCAUCGACUCGGUCACCUACAUGGGCUCGGGCUGCAACUGGCAGAAUACCAACUACGUGCUGUCGAACGACUACUCGACCGUCACCUUCAUCUUCGGCGCGAUGAUUGCCACCACGGACGGAGGUCUGGCCAACAGGAGGAAGAACUGCCAGGUGUCGCUCGGGUUGAAGUACCCCAAGGGCUGGAGUCUGUCGCUGGGAAGCGUGACGGGGCGCGGCUACGGCAAGCUCGCUAAGGGCGUGAACGGCGUCUAUCAGACGAGCUACUACUUCUCCGGACAGACGGGGACCUCGUACGCCAAGCGCACUCUCAACGGCAGACUGGAGCUCAACUACGAGUACACCGACUUCUUCGGCCUGCUCGUGUGGAGCAAGUGCAACAGCGUGCCGAACCUGAACAUCAACUCCGAGGUGAGAGUCGGCGGCCCGGCGGGUCGCAAAGGCAUCAUGACGCUGGAUUCCACGGACAAGAAGUUCAAGCUCAUCUACCGCAUCAACUGGAAGACGUGCUGAUGAUGAGAGGCUGAUUUGCUUCGAGCGAAUCAGAGUUCAACGUUCAUUUAUCGCGAUGGCGGCGGUUCACCUAGACGGUGACGGAGGAGUGGAUGGAUCAGAGGGGAGUGUGGUUAAUUGUCAAUGGCUCGAAGGACAUACUCACACUAGGACCUUUUAUCUUAUUUAUUUAUGGACGUGAUUGCGGUCGGAUGCAUCUAGUUACAGCCAUAAUGCGGUCGGAUAGAUAUAAGAUAUAGCUAGUGUGAGCACGCCCUAAGUAGAGGUAGCUGUGCUGAAGUAGAUGAUGCAGCGUACGCCGCGCAGCGGGAGGUUGUAGAUAAAGCUUCCCCAGCCGCAGAUUACGCUUCAUGCCUUUUGACCCAUAAGCACGUAACGUCGUCGGAUUGAUGUAGUGCGUCUUCUAGCUUGUCUCUUGCUGGAAAGUUGCUUGAGCAACUCACGUGAGUGGGCAAGAGAAUCUUUCAUUGGGCUACGCGAACAACCUUGACGAUAAAAGUUUCCCUGUUCA